AGGCUACAAGUAUUCACAGUGUAUCAUAGGCAGUGGGGGAGGGGAGAGAAAGCAAGAAAGACUGCUCUCGGCACUCGUGCUUUUGUUAGUUCUACAGAAGAGGCAGAAAAACAAGAGAUAACAAAGGCUCCGUUUCCUUUCUGUGAGAGAAGGCUUUUGUCUUUCCUCCUGCUACGAUGUCAGUGUCUGGCAAGAAAGAGUUUGAUGUGAAACAGAUCCUAAGGCUACGCUGGAGGUGGUUUAGUCAUCCUUUUCAAGGUUCCACCAACACUGGAAGCUGUCUUCAGCAGGAAGGAUAUGAGCAUAGAGGGACCCCGGUUCAGGGCAGGUUGAAGAGCCACUCUCGGGACAGAAACGGACUGAAGAAAAGCAACAGUCCUGUCCACCACAAUAUACUGGCACCAGUGCCGGGACCGGCCCCUGCCCAUCAGAGAACCGUUCAGAAUUUGCAGCAACAUAAUCUGAUAGUACAUUUUCAAGCAAAUGAAGAUACUCCUAAGGCAGUUCCAGAGAAGAAUUUAUUCAAAGAAGCUUGUGAGAAACGCGCACAAGAUUUGGAGAUGAUUGCUGAUGACAAUAUAGACGAUUCUACAGCAAGAUUAGAUACACAGCACUCUGAAGAAAUGAAUGCCACCAGAUCUGAAGAGCAGUUCCAUGUUACAAACCACGCAGAGCAAACUCUUCGUAAAAUGGAGAACUACUUGAAAGAGAAACAACUAUGUGAUGUGCUACUAAUUGCAGGACACCUCCGCAUCCCAGCCCAUAGGUUGGUUCUCAGCGCAGUGUCUGAUUAUUUUGCUGCAAUGUUUACUAAUGAUGUGCUUGAAGCCAAACAAGAAGAGGUCAGGAUGGAAGGAGUAGAUCCAAAUGCACUAAAUUCCUUGGUGCAGUAUGCUUACACAGGAGUCCUGCAAUUGAAAGAAGAUACCAUUGAAAGUUUGCUGGCUGCAGCUUGUCUCUUGCAGCUGACUCAGGUCAUUGAUGUUUGCUCCAAUUUUCUCAUAAAGCAGCUCCAUCCUUCAAACUGCUUAGGGAUUCGAUCAUUUGGAGAUGCCCAAGGCUGUACAGAACUUCUCAAUGUGGCACACAAAUACACUAUGGAACACUUCAUUGAGGUAAUAAAAAACCAAGAAUUCCUCCUGCUUCCAGCUAAUGAAAUUUCAAAACUUCUGUGCAGUGAUGACAUUAAUGUGCCUGAUGAAGAGACCAUUUUUCAUGCUCUAAUGCAGUGGGUGGGGCAUGAUGUGCAGAAUAGGCAAGGAGAACUGGGGAUGCUGCUUUCUUACAUCAGACUGCCAUUACUCCCACCACAGUUACUGGCAGAUCUUGAAACCAGUUCCAUGUUUACUGGUGAUCUUGAGUGUCAGAAGCUCCUGAUGGAAGCUAUGAAGUAUCAUCUUUUGCCUGAGAGAAGAUCCAUGAUGCAAAGCCCUCGGACAAAGCCUAGAAAAUCAACUGUGGGGGCACUUUAUGCUGUAGGAGGCAUGGAUGCUAUGAAAGGUACUACUACUAUUGAAAAAUAUGACCUCAGGACCAACAGUUGGCUACAUAUUGGCACCAUGAAUGGCCGUAGGCUUCAAUUUGGAGUUGCAGUUAUUGAUAAUAAGCUCUAUGUCGUGGGAGGAAGAGACGGUUUAAAAACUUUGAAUACAGUGGAAUGUUUUAAUCCAGUUGGCAAAAUCUGGACUGUGAUGCCUCCCAUGUCAACACAUCGGCACGGCUUAGGUGUAGCCACUCUUGAAGGACCAAUGUAUGCUGUAGGUGGUCAUGAUGGAUGGAGCUAUCUAAAUACUGUAGAAAGAUGGGACCCUGAGGGACGACAGUGGAAUUACGUAGCCAAUAUGUCAACUCCUAGAAGCACAGUUGGUGUUGUUGCAUUAAACAACAAGUUAUAUGCUAUUGGUGGACGUGAUGGAAGUUCCUGCCUCAAAUCAAUGGAAUACUUUGACCCACACACUAACAAGUGGAGUUUGUGUGCUCCAAUGUCCAAAAGACGUGGAGGUGUGGGAGUUGCCACAUACAAUGGAUUCUUAUAUGUUGUAGGGGGGCAUGAUGCCCCUGCUUCCAACCAUUGCCCCAGGCUUUCUGACUGUGUGGAACGGUAUGAUCCAAAAAGUGAUUCAUGGUCAACUGUGGCACCUCUGAGUGUUCCUCGAGAUGCUGUUGCUGUGUGCCCCCUUGGAGACAAACUCUAUGUGGUUGGAGGAUAUGAUGGACAUACUUAUUUGAACACAGUUGAGUCAUAUGAUGCACAGAGAAAUGAAUGGAAAGAGGAAGUUCCUGUUAACAUUGGAAGAGCUGGUGCAUGUGUUGUAGUGGUGAAGCUACCCUAAGCUAUCUAUCUUUAUCAAAUGGAAUGAAACUGGAUAAUUUCAAGAAACUGAGUAGGACAAAGGGAGAAAGAAAUACAUGUUCUUUUUCCUGCAAUUAAUAAUCAGACUGGAAAAUUGUUGUAUCGUUUUAAUUUAUAGUUACAAUUGCUUUCAUUUGUGAAGCCAAAAUGUUUUUAAACAUGAAUUACAUAUGAAUUAUUAAGAAUAUGUGCUUUCACAGCUGAUAAUAGAAAAGGGAAUCCCAUAGUCUAGAUAUAGCACCAUUACUACAAAAUUCUAAAAUAUUUAAUGAAAAUUGAUGAUGGCUACAGUGUGCAGGUUAUAAAAGCAUUAAUACAUUUCAAGGUAAGAGCCUUAGAAGUUAAAAACAUUUUCAGUUUUUUUUAAAAAACGUACUCUUGUUAUCUGGAACAUAGAAAUAAUAAAAGGUAACAUCUAAAGCUUAAAAUAGUCUGAUUUUUAGUAAGCCAUUAUUCUCCUAUUCAAGUAAUAUCCCAAAGAGCUAAACAAUUCCUUACAUUUACCAAGAGGAAAGCUUUUACUGUGUUGAAGCUAAAAAAAAUAAUGGCUCUUUGACAAAACUUGUUAUGUUGAUCAUAGUAUGUCAAAAUUUUUACAGGUUUGCUCAUCUGCCAGAGCACACAUAUAAAUUUGAUAUUUCUUAACAUAUUGUCUUGUUAGAUUUGUUACCAGUAAAAUAUUAUUGUAAUUUCAUAUACACAGCUUAUACAAUGAAAUAAUAAAUAUUUAUCAUAUUGAUACAAACUGUGACCUCAGCUUCAGAGUGUCAGGGCCUCACUUGUAUAGAAUGUAAUGUUCUCCUCAAACAUUUAUGUUAACUCUAUAAACAAAUAUCGUUAAGUUAAACAAGUUUUCAAAAACAAAACAAUUUUUAAAGUACAUUAAAAUUGAGGAUGUUACUCAGUGUUAACACAUGGGAACACCAAAAUAUUCAGUAAGCCUGGUCAAUUCUAUUGUUAUCUUCUUUGUACCAAAAUAUGCUUUUCUGUUACUGUUAUAUUAUCCAGUAGAAAAUGUUAGGAUAUGUGUGCUAUACAAAAAAAAUACUUUUUAAGUUUCAAAAUAACAAAAAUGGCUAGUUGAAUAGUAUUUUAUGUGUAAUUCUUCCAUUUAUUCCACUUAAUUAUACAACUAAGAUGAAAUAUUGAAAAACCCUUUGUGAAAGUUAACUUUUCAAGUAAAUGCACAAUUUUAGAAUUUCUAUAAAUAAGUUCUUUUAAACCGUCUUUUUAUUGUGGAUUGUGAAAUCAAAAUCUGGAGAAAUGCUUGUAAAAUAUACUACUAGCUUUUGAGUUUUAAGAAAGAACAACGUAAGUUGUACAAAGAUAUUUGUACUUUGACAAAUUGAAUUUAAAUAAACUUUAUUUCCUCUCA